AUGUGUGGAGUGCCUUUCCUCGAUUGCUUACAGUGGAGAAAGGCUGUGGGCAUUUCCUCUGGGCUGGUCUCUCACCUGGCGGGCGCGUGGGUGGGCACCCUUGGGUGGGUAGGCACCCUCUCCUCUCCUCUCUGCCUCCCUCCAGGCGCUGUGGACUCCCUGCUGGCAGACCCCUCCGUCGUCCUGCUGGCGGUGGGCGUCCUGGUGUUCAGCGUCACCUUUGUCGGCUGCCUGGGGGCCUUGCGUGACAUCACUCUGCUUCUGAAGGUGUUUGCCUGGCUCUUGCUGGUCAUCUUCGUCCUUCAGGUGGUGGCCGCCGUUCUGGGCUUCCUCUUCUCUGGCAUGGUGAUGGAGAAAGCCACCCUGCUGAUGGGACGAGCCAUUGCCCGUUACCGCGACAACCUGGACCUGCAAAACCUCAUUGAUUACAUCCAAAAGAAGUUUGAGUGCUGCGGCAUCCACUCCUACAAAGACUGGUCCCAGAACGUUUACUUCGACUGCCGGGAUUUGAACCCCAGCCUGGAGCGCUGCGCUGUCCCGUUCUCUUGCUGCGUGCGAGGCAAAGAGGCCGUUCUGAACACGAUGUGCGGCUACGGGACGCAGAAGCUGAAGCCAUGGAAGGCCGAGUUUUUGGUGCACACCGAGGGGUGUUUGGAGAAGACGGUCCGCUGGGGCCGCAGCAACCUCUUCUUGGUGGCCGGGCUGGCCUUUGGGCUGCUGGUCCUGGAGGCGGUCGUCUUCUUUCUCGCCGUGCUGCUCAUCUAUCAGAUCGACUUCAUCAUCGAGAAACGGAAGAGCGUCAGGAGGAGGAGGAGCAAAAGCUGUCCAGCGAAGUGAAAAUCUCCCAAGACCCUUUUGCCGCUUCUCCCUCCCCAAAAAGCGGACCCCUUUUUUUGGCAGCAAAAACAGGGCAUUGGAAAAGGGGGGCAGGCCUGGCGCCACAUUUAAUCUUCCCGCAGGCUUUGCACGAACCGAUAUCGGGGUGUUAUGCCAAAGAAUUGUAGAGUCUGGGGUGUCAGGAGUGAGUGCAGGAGCCAGGCCCUGUGACCAAUAGGACUCUG